ACGGGACACAGAAGACCCUCCACCACCACUGAAUCUGGGAGUGAGGCACGCCAGUAACACAGGAUAAUACUUCUGGAGACCCUACAAAAAUAUUCUGCACAUCCCUUCAAAAGUACCACCCGUUAUCCCCACAUCAACCAUCAAGAAACUCCAUGUCUUGGUGGAGUGGGCAGUGAACAGGGCGGAGUCUCCGCUGAAAGAAAGCAGAGCUGCAGGACGCCUGGGUCCACACGGUCCCCAGAGAUGUCUCUGCCAUCGUUGCUGCUGCUGCUGCUGCCACCGUUCCUGACCCUGGAGCCCGCUGGGGCCACGCUGAUCCGGAUCCCACUUCGAAGAGUCAACACUGGAUUCAAGGCCCUGAACCCACUGAGGGGAUGGGAGAAGCUAGUGGAGCCCCCCAGUUUGGGGGCUCCAUCCCCUGGGAACAAGACCUUCUUUGUGCCUCUCUCCAAUUAUAUGAACGCCCAGUAUUAUGGAGAAAUUGGGCUGGGGACCCCCCCACAAAACUUCUCUGUCGUCUUUGACACUGGCUCCUCCAACCUCUGGGUUCCAUCUGUGAGAUGCCACUUCUUCAGUCUACCCUGCUGGCUCCACCACCGCUUCAACCCCAAAUCCUCCAGUUCCUUCCGAUCCAAUGGGACCAAGUUUGCCAUUCAAUAUGGAACCGGGCGCCUAACCGGCAUCCUGAGUGAGGACAAGCUGACUAUUGGGGGAAUCACAGGUACAACAGUGACUUUUGGGGAGGCUCUGUGGGAGCCCAGCCUGGUCUUCAUUUUUGCCCACUUUGAUGGGAUACUGGGCCUCGGUUUUCCUGUUCUGGCCGUGGGAGGAGUUCGGCCCCCGCUGGACAGACUGGUGGACCAGGGCCUACUGGAUAAGCCUGUCUUCUCCUUCUACCUCAACAGGAACCCUGAGGCAGCUGACGGAGGAGAGCUGGUCCUGGGUGGCUCAGACCCAGCACACUACAUCCCACCCCUUACCUUUGUGCCAGUCAUGAUCCCCGCUUUUUGGCAGAUCCACAUGGAGCGUGUUCAGGUGGGCACAGGGCUGACUAUCUGUGCCCGGGGCUGUGCUGCCAUUCUGGACACAGGCACAUCUCUCAUCACAGGACCCACUGAGGAGAUCCGGGCCCUGCAGAAAGCCAUUGGGGCAAUCCCCCUGCUGAUGGGGGAGUACUACAUCGAGUGCUCGAAAAUCCCAACGCUCCCCACAGUCUCCUUCCUUCUUGGGGGGGUCUGGUUUAACCUCACGGCCCAGGACUACGUCAUCCAGAUUACUCGGAGUGGCUUCAGUGUCUGUUUGUCUGGCUUCGCGGCUCUGGACGUGCCUCCGCCCUCAGGGCCCUUCUGGAUCCUCGGUGAUGUCUUCUUGGGUAGCUACGUGGCUGUCUUCGACCGUGGCGACAGGAAAAGCGGCGCUCGAGUGGGUCUGGCCCGCGCUCGACCUCGAGGACCAAGACAGUGAAGGGGCGAGCUUGCGCAGGCGCAGUCCUUCGGUUGAGGCCCUGGUUAAGCGCAUGCGCACUCCCUAAUUUAAAAAAAAAUUUACUAUUUACCUCAAA